UGCGGAGUAGGCGGGUCAAGCAGAGCGCGCGGGCUGCCGCGGACUUUAUAAAGGAAUAUUUAACCACCAUCCAGAGGCACUUAGACAUUCCGUGAAGCAUUACCGAACCGCAUUCGUUCGCAUCUGCCCUGCAUGAAGAGCCCACCGGUGUUUAGUAGGAGUAGCGUGCACGCAUUCCCAAUCGAGUAGCGUUAUUGCUCGCUCGCUCGCUCGCUCGCUCUCUCGCUCUCUCUCUCUCUCUCUCCCUCUCACCCCUCUCUCCCUUUCUCUAUCUCUCGGUGGGUAAUUUCAUUUGGUAAAGUCAUUAUCCCCUGAAAGGUCAAAGUCUCUGCUUCCAGGAACGUAAAAUUAUAUUCGGAUAACCUGACUUUGCCAAUCGUUCCAUAAUGAAAAGCAUUUCGUUCCAGAAGUUUUCCAGUGGGCAAGAGCGGUAGAAGGAUUGCUCGGUUGCGCAGAAUUAAAUGGUAACCUGCUAUUGCCUUUUUGGAUUCUUUUUGGAUGUUACGAGUUUUGUAUCCACUGUUCAGGCUGUAACUCGUUCACCCCGAUAUUGACUGCAUGAAAUGAGAUUGUCCACAAUUUUGGAAACUUGAGGAACAACCACAUCAUACGAUUCUAGAGGAGAAUGGGAGAUGCGGAGUUAAACUUUCUCUGCUGUUCAGAAGCUCGGUGCUCAGGGGAACGUGAGGAUAUGCAGCUCCCCAGGUGUUCCCAGUGGAGGAGAGAACUGACGUGUGACUGUGGCUGCUGAUCGCCUCCCCCUCCUUCUCCUCCUCCGCCUCCCUCGCUCCCCCCUCUCCCCCCCCCCCCCAUCGCUCCCCCCCCCCCCCCCCCCCCCCCCCCCAUCCUCUGAUGGCUCCAUGGGGGCUCCCCAGCCUCCGCCUGCACUGCUGGGCCUGGAUGUGGCUCCUGGCCGCAGCUGUGGACAGCCUCCCCAACGAGCAGCCGGGCGGGCCCCUGGACUGGCUCCUGUCGGACAAGGGCCCCUUCCACCACUCCCAGGAGUACACCGACUUUGUGGAGAGGAACCGCCAGGGCUUUUCCACCCGAUACAAGAUCUACAGGGAGUUUGGGAGGUGGAAGGUGAACAACUUGGCCGUGGAGAGGAGAGACUUCCUGGAGUCGCCGUUGCCUCUGACUCCAGAUUUCGUCCGCAACAUCCGUCUCCUUGGCCGUCGGCCCACCACCCAGAUGAUCACCGACAACCUGAUCAGGAAGUACGGAACCCACUUCCUGUUGUCGGCCACGCUAGGAGGAGAAGAGGCCUUAACGAUAUUCGUGGACAAGCGUAAAUUGAGCAAGAAGGCGGACGUGAGCGAUUUCUCGGGCUCUGGGAACUCUUCCUCAGUGAGUCUGGAGGCUCUUCACCAGCUGGCGGCCUCCUACUUCAUCGACAGGGAGAGCACCCUGCGCAAGCUGCACCACAUCCAGAUAGCCUCCACCGCCAUCAAGGUAACAGAGACCCGGACAGGCCCUCUUGGCUGCAGUAACUAUGACAACCUGGAUUCUGUGAGUUCUGUAUUGGUUCAGAGUCCAGAGAACAAGGUUCAUCUUCAAGGCUUGCAGGUGAUUCUGCCCGACUACCUGCGGGGCGGCUUCGUCCGAGCGGCGCUCAGCUACAUCGCCUGCAACGGCGAGGGCGCCUUCGUCUGCAAAGACAACGACUGCUGGUGCAGGUGCGACCCGAAGUUCCCAGAAUGCAACUGCCCCUACACGGACAUCCAGGCCAUGGAGGAGAGCCUCAGGCGCGUCACGGAGACCUGGGGGGCGCUCUACAGAGAGUUCGAGGAUUCAGACGAGUUCAAAACCUUUCUGACGAGGCUUCCCCAGAACAUCUUCCUGAACUCGACCACGAUCCAGCACCUGUGGUCCCUGGACGGCGUGUUCCAGUGGCGCUACGAGCAGCUGGAGAACAACAUGCGCCUGCUCUUCAGGAGAGCCCAGCGGGUCGUCUUCAAGCUCUUCAGCCUCAGCAAGAGGUGCAAUAGACAGCCCAGCAUCCGCCUCCCCAUUGGACGGCCCCAGUCCUACUGGCUGAACCACUUCCAGUCUCUCCUCUACUGCUCCGAGAACAACCAGCUGGGCUCCUUCUCCGAGGAGCUCCGCAGAUGCUCCUGCAGCCACGAGCACAGCCCCUGCCAGGCCCCUCCGCCGUGCUCCACCGGGGAGGGCCACGCCUGCGCCGCCUGCGCCCCGGACAACCACACCCGCUGCGGGAGCUGCAACGCGGGCUACGCCCUGGUGCAGGGGCUCUGCAGGCCGACGGUGGCCGACUCCACGGAGAACUACCUGGGCUUCGAGACUGACCUUCAGGACCUGGAGCUGCGCUACCUUCUCCAGAGAGCCGACCGAAGGCUGGAGGUGCACGCCAUCUUCAUCAGCAACGACAUGCGCCUCAACAGCUGGUUCGACCCGUCGUGGAGGAAGAGGAUGCUGCUGACGCUCAAGAGCAACAAGUACAAGUCCAGCCACGUCCACAUGCUGCUGGGCGUGUCCAUGCAGGUGUGCCUCACCAAGAACAGCACCCUGGAGCCCGUGCUCACCCUCUACAUCAACCCUUUCGGGGGCAGCCACUCGGAGAGCUGGUACAUCCCCGUGAGUGAGAACAGCUUCCCGGACUGGCAGGCCACGAAGCUGGACCUCCCGCUGGAGUGCUUCAACUGGACGCUCACCCUGGGGAACCGGUGGAAGACCUUCUUCGAGACCAUCCACAUUUACCUGAGGAGCCGGAUCAAGACGCAGGGGGGGGGCGGGGCCGCGCCCGGGAACGACACUGUUUACUACGAGCCUCUGGAGAUGGUGGACGCCUCGCGGAACCUGGGCUACAUGAAGAUCAACAGCAUCCAGGUGUUCGGCUACAGCAUGCACUUUGACCCGGAAGCCAUCCGCGACCUGAUCCUGCAGCUGGACUACCCGUACACCCAGGGCUCCCAGGACUCGGCCUUGCUGCAGCUGCUGGAGAUCAGGGACCGAGUCAACCGGCUGUCCCCUCCAGGGCCCCAGAGGCUGGACCUGUUCUCCUGCCUCCUGCGGCACAGGCUCAAACUAACUGCCAGCGAGGUGGUCCGUAUCCACGCCUCCCUCCAGGCCUUCGGGGCGCGCUUGCCCAACUCUUUGGAUUACGAGACCACCAAACUGUGUAGCUAACAGCUGUCUGAGGAACUCUGAGGAGGUGGGGGCUUCCUGGAGAAAGCAGAGGGCUCCGCGACACCUGGAUCGCGUCCUGAAAGUGUGGAUUUCGGUCGCGACAACAACUGACUGGAUUAGCAUACAGUGCCACCAAAUAGUGCAGUUAACUGUGUGGGGGGAGAACGGGGAACAGAUGGAGAACGUUCCGGGAUGUUUGCUUCUUGUUGAGUGGCGAGGACUCGCCACAGGAGAAACUGUCAGCUGGAAGACAAACAAAUGACAACCAUUAACAACACAUCUACAAUUUCCAACAUGUAAUUCUCUUGGUAUUAACUUGACCAUCUUGUUCAAACGCAGACCUUCUCAUUUACACAGUAUCCACCGAACACAAAUGAAGAGAACUUUGAAGAUAUAUGGUCAAAUAUGGUUGUUUGUAAUUUUUAUAUGUUCUUUUGCUUCAGUGACAGUGCUAUUUCCAUGAUGACCAGAAUACAGUGGUGUCAGUCAGUUUUGUAGAUAAAUUGUUAUUAAAA